GUAAACGGUUCCGUCGCCGUUUUGACAGUCGGUCCGUUUUACCUCUUUGCUUUCUUUAUUCCACCCUUGUUUCUCUUUCUUUCACUAUUUAACAAGCCGUAGCUGCCCUAUGUCUGUAUUUAUUUAUUUAUGCAUCUUACUUGAAACCGUUUAGAUUUAGAUUUUAGCCGUUCCUCCAAUGAGAAGACGUAAAAGAUGGAGCUACAUAUUUUAGAGCACAGCUUGAAAGUGGCGAGUAUAGAAAAAGAGGGGAUCCAGAUUUGCACUCAUGGAUUAAUAAAACUCGCCUUCCUGGCCUCGAAAACAAGAUGUAAGUUUUUCAGUUUGACAGAGACUCCGGAGGACUACACCAUUAUCGUAGAUGAGGAAGGCUUCAAAGAACUGCCAGAGUCGGAGCACAUCAGUGUUGCCGAUGCCACGUGGUUGGCCCUUAACGUGGUGUCAGGGGGUGGCAACGCCUCCAGCUCUCAGCCCAUCGGAGUCACCAAAAUUGCCAAAUCAGUCAUCGCGCCUCUGGCUGACCAUAACAUCUCUGUAUUCAUGCUGUCAACGUAUCAGACAGACUUCAUUCUGGUUCGAGAGCGAGACCUGCCCAUGGUAAUGCAUACGUUGUCUUCCGAGUUCACUCUGCUUAGGGUGGUCAAUGGAGAGACUGUCGCCGCUCACAGUCUGGGAGUCACCAAUGGCUUUGUGAAGCCAAAACUUGUGCCCCGUCCCAUCAUCCAUCCCUUAUCCAGUCCCAGCAACAUGUUCUGUGUGACCAGCCUGGACCCAGAUACAUUGCCCUCGGUAGCCACCCUGCUCAUGGACGUCAUGUUUUACUCCGGAGGGCCAAAGGAGCCGGGAGCGUCGAGCGAGGACUCCAGCCACAUUCGAUUCUUCUCGUUCUCCCUGAUCGAGGGCUACAUCUCUCUGGUCAUGGAUGAGCAGACAACACAGAGGUUUCCCAACAAUGUCCUUUUCACCAGUGCUUCUGGAGAGCUUUGGAAAAUGGUUCGCAUUGGUGGCCAGCCUUUAGGAUUUGAUGAGUGCGGCAUCGUGGCUCAAAUAUCGGAACCACUGGCAACGGCUGACAUUCCAGCUUACUACAUCAGUACCUUCAAGUUUGAUCAUGCCCUGGUUCCCGAGGAAAACAUCCAGAGUGUGAUCGGAGCUCUGAGGACCAACGAGAGCACGGGACAGUGAAGGCAGCAGGAGGAGACGAUGGAACAACGGUUCUUCGAAGUCAUUUUGUUCAGACGUUGAUUUUAUCAUGUCCAAAAAGUGCCAAGAGCUUAUCAGUGACUACUGUGGGUUGCUUCUGAAUGGAAGUGAUCUAACCACGAAGCGUGGGUGGUGUAUGGGGAGAUGGAGGAGUGUGACGGUGUGUUAGGGAUGCCUUUGUACCUUGGUCAUUUUCUUUUUAACCCCCCCCUCCCUCCAUGGCACUUGAGGCCCUCGACAGCCUUCUCUGGUAGUUGUCGCUUUAGUUUACCAGAGUGAAUAUUCUCCUCGAUAUGUUUGUUUUUUCUCUCUAAAGCUGCUUCUCCCCACCCCCUGACCCUCAUAACCACCAUACUGUAUUAGUUGCAUAUAAUCCUCUCAUGGAAGGAUGAAGAAUGUACUCUCAAAAAUGAAAAAAGAAAAAAAAAGUUAUCAAGCUCUCCGUUUUUCUUUUCCAUAGGUCUUUUCUUAGUGCCAAGAUGUUUGAAUGCCUAAGCUGAUGCCUUUGUGAAAAUACAUGUGUGCAAUUGAAGGAGACACUUUUGGAGUUGCCAGCCAGUGAUGACAGACCGCCUGGUGCAAAGAAAUGGUGUGUUUUGUUUUUGUUUUUGUUUUUUUGCUUUUAUUAGCUAUCAAGUACAUUUUAAUUACAACACAAAUGAUCUGAUUAUUGGAGUCCAUGAACCUUAGAAACAAAAUUCAGCGGCUUUGUAAUGCUGGUCCUCUGACAGAUAAACUGAAUCCAAGGUCUUGAUGUAGAAUUAUCAUUUCCUUUUUUUUGUUUUUUUAGCUCUUUUGACGAGCAGCUGUGCAUUCACACUGCAAACAAUUUGGUUGUCGUGUCGCAUUUAUGUAGUAGUCUGCAGCUACAAAGAUCUGAAUGGGCAAAUCAUGCAUUUUGCUGCCUUGAAUAUCAUCUUUCAUGACAUUACAUCAUUCUGAUGAGCUAAACUUAACAAAACUGGCUAACAAGCUUUAAAGCACAAAUGAACUUUGGCAGAUUAUUGGCUCGUGUAGUUACAUGGACGUGACAUGAGGCCACAUGGUGGUGAAAUAUCCUCAUCAGCAGCCCUGCGCUCCUCUGGACUUAUAAUCCAGAACGAUGUUGUUAUCCCUCACUCAGUACCACAGCAUGGCAAAACAGCUCCCAAAAUACCACUUUUAACACAUAAAUGAACACUAAGUUGAUAAUCACAAUAUAAAGACGUCCUGGUACCCAUUUUUUGUGGCGAGCGAACAUCUGUUAUUUUCCUGUUUGAAUCAAAAAAGUAAACCCGGCAUGUUGCAUCUGCAGGAAACUUCUGCACAGCAGCCUUGAGGAAACGGGCUGUUUAAUUUCAUCAAAAACUGGGUACCAGGAUUUGCUUUUUAUAUUGUCAUAAUCCACUUUGUUUACAUUUGUUUGUGCACUAAAAGUGUUGUUUUGAGGGUUGUUUUUCUGUGGAGGUGAAUGGAGAGAUGCAGGAUUAGCAGCCCAGGGGAGCACAGAGCGACUAAUGAGGGAGUUUCACCACCAUGUCGGCUCAUACGACACCCGGGUAACCACACGACCCAACCAGUGUUCAAUUUUCCUUUAUUUAGUUAGUAUAAAUAAUAAUAAAAAAGGUAUAUUAAUGGAAAAAAAAAAUAAAAACGUCAUUUGACCCCAGUGGUUGAAGCAACUACUCUCCAUCAUCAUUUGAGACGUUUAUUGUUGUAGUCUUUCUAAUAAGUUGCAGAAACCGGGGACACUUUGAUCAGUCGUAACUUUUCAGAAAUCUGAUUGGCUCUCGAUGUUCAGCCGACUUCUCAGAGCCGGCGAGCUCGUCGGCUGUCCGGCACGCCGGCGUUCCCCCCGGUCGCUCAGCUGCGCAGGAGCUGAACGGACAUGCGGCGACUGGUGUUGCUCGCAGUGUGAAUGCACAACAAGAUCUGAUGGAAAAUAAGGUGAUGAAUAUGUUUGCAUUGUAAUAAAUUACUGAGCCACUUUUUUGAUGACGUACUCUAAUGAUGACAGUGUAAGUCUGCUAUACAUAAGCUAAUGUUCACACAGGGGACAGACAUUUCCAUUUAGGCCUUCAAGCUCUCCCUCCCCCACCCCAGUCUGCACUUUAAUGCAGGUUCCACCCCACAGACCUGCUGUACUGAUGUGAAAACGGGGAGGGCCAUUUACUUUUGAAGGAUCCUAUCGAGUUGGGGAGACUUUUGUUGGUCUUAAGCAUUCGGUAAUGAUGUUUUACUUUUUUUUUUUUUUUCCCAACACACAUUGCACCUAACAAGAAAAAAAAAACAACCUUUUUUCUGAUACAAUUUGAUUUGCAAAAACCAUGUAUUUAUCAGUGUUAAAACAUGAGGAAGGUGACAACAUUUCUUCUGAUUCCAUUUCAAAGACAAUAAGGAAGCUUUUCAUUUUGAGCUGCUUGUGUGAAAACAAAACAAAACAAAAAAUAAACGAGAAAUCCUUUUUGA